UUUUGCAUAGUUUGGAAGUAUUUUGCCGCCGGUGAUACAAAUAUAGACAAACUAACUUAAAAUAUUAUUUCUAAAAAUGUAAAUUACUCAAUAUUAACUUCAUGUUUACGAAGUUGUUAGCCUGUUAGCUAACUUGUACGUUACACCGUUAAUGUGAGUGUUAGCAUAACAUUGCUGUGAGCUUGGAACGUUUAGAACGCGUAAUCCUAAACCCAAUAAGAUAUUAAUAAUCACGCUUUAGUAACGAUCUUUUAACACGAUAACAUUGUACUACUGUCUGUAAUACGAGUAAAGGACUGUUGCCAUGAAACGGGCCAAACACACUUCAACAAUAAUUUGCACUCGAGUCACCUGAUAUUUCUCACUGUUACAGUGAACCCUCAUGAAAUCAUUUGCUGUUUUUACAGCCAUGCACCGAUACCGACAUUCAGCUGAGCAAAGACUUGCAGACAUUGACUACACACAGCUGGCACAGCUAACCCAGCUAAAUCAAAGUUCUGAAGAGGCCCAUAAAAGAUUCAUGAAACUUUAUCAAGAAAUAUUCCUGCACCCUCAGACCUCUUUACCAAGAAUACAACUCAAGACUAGGAUCCAACCUCCAGUGAAGCUGAGAGUAUUUGAAUCCAUCCAAGAGGUCAGCAGACAUCAGCCACAUGGAAAACUGGCUCACAAAUCACUCAUGAAUCAUGUGAUUAAAGCCCUUAAGAAAUUCCCUAUUGAGAGAUCCCAUUCAGAGCAUCAUAUCAUUUAUAAACUACUGAAGGGAGUCCACAGUCUGACCUCGCAGCUGGGCUCGCAGGAGCUGAAACAGAUUAGUACCGUCACCACCCUCGAGACCUGGGACCGCGGACAGAUCAUUUUCGGACAUAAUGGAUUUUACCUCAUUCUGAAGGGCUCAGUGAAACCGUUCAACCAUGAAACCCUUAAAGAGGAUCAGACAGUCUCUACGAUUGCAGCUGGAGGUUCAUUUGGAUGCUGUGAACCUGUAAGUGCAGUAGAUGGAGGUGCCGUCAUCCAGUGUGUCAUGACACUCGAGACCUGCGAGAUUCUCAGAAUAUCUCGUUCUGGCUACGAGAAGCUGAAAAAGGACAUCCUGGCACAGGACCAUGAAGUUAAAGUGUCUUUGAUCCAGGGUUGCCAGCUGUACCUUCACUGGCCAAAGCUUUCCAUCAACCACCUGGUCGACGGCAUGCAGCUAAAAACAUUCCCUGCUAAUCAAGUGCUGGUGAAGGAGGGAAAGAUCUGUCCGUUUGUGGCCUUCAUUGGAGGUGGAGAAUGUCACAUCCUCCAGGAUGUGGGGUCAUUGAUAAGACCUGUUGACAAGAAGGGCUGCAGGAUCAGAUUCGUGAAGGUUGGUACGCUGGGUCCAAAACAGUCAUUUGGAGAGGUCAGCAUCCUACUGAACCAGCCGUCCCCUUGUACUGUUAUCACUGCCACUGAAGUUCAUGGUGGAAUCAUUCAACCAGCAUGCCUUAAAGGACUGGACUCAGUGACCACUUCUCUUAUACUGCAGACUGCACGACCAGUGUGUGGAAAGCUCAGUGAGGAGGAAGUCUUGAAGGAGUUCCUGACACAGGAGAGGAUGAAGAAAUGGGAACAUGAGAAGAGGAAGAUACUUUCUGAUGCUCUGUUUUAUAAUGGCGUUCACCCAGGAAGAGGCAAAUGGGAUUUUAACAGAGGACCAAGAGGAGUAACUGGGAAAUCCAAGAAGUGCAUAUGA